AUGCUUGCGGAUGACGUUGCUUGUAAUCCUCGAAACGUAUUCCCUGCUACAGUUUUUAACAAUGCAGGAAGAUAUCUGGAUCUUUAUGGAGAUAACGUCGAAGUCGAUUAUAGAGGUCGUGUUGAACCUGAUACACCUCGAUCUAAACGUUUGUUAUCUGAUGACCGAUCAAAUAUUUUGGUAUAUAUGACUGGUCAUGGUGGUAAUGAAUUCUUGAAAUUUCAAGACGCGGAAGAAAUCAGUAGCUUUGAUUUGGCUGAUGCUUUUGAACAAAU